AUGGCCGCCGCCGUGUCGCCUGUCGGCUCGCCUCCUCUCGCGUCGACCACGACGAGCGCUCGCGUCGACCCGGUCGCGCUCGUCACCCGCGCCGACGUCGAGCGCCAGCUGCAGGCCCUCACCGCACAAGAAGGCACCCUCGACGCCCGCCUCACGGCCCUCAUCUCGAGCCGAGCUCGCCUCGCCAGCCAGCUCCGCACCCUCGGCUCGUUGGGCGACGUCGUCGGCGGCAUCCACGGCGAGGCAGAGCACAUGGCUGGCGAGAUCGGCGCAGUCGCACAGACCGCACAGCGUGUCGGAGCCCAAGUUCGCGGGCUCGACGAGGAGCAGUCGCGCGUCAAGGAGUGCAUCGAGAUGGUCCAGGCCGUGCAGGACCUCAAGUCGGCCAUCGCCAGCCUCGACGUCAACAUGCAGAAGCACGACUGGGAGGCCGCUACUCGCUCCAUGCAGCGCGCGACCGCCAUCGACCCCGUCAUCGCCUCGAGCAGCUUUGCCGACGCCGUCGUGCCCACCGCCGACCUCCCGUCCGCCCCAACCGCAACCCUCGCCCAGCUUCGUGCCUCCCUCCUCGACACCUUCCUCACCUCGUUCCGCGCCGCCGCCGACGCCAACGACACCAACAACAUCAACCGCUUCUUCAAGCUGUUCCCCAUGAUCGAGGAGGAGGACAAGGGCCUCGAGGUGUACGCCCUGUGGGUCGCCGACAUCGUGCGCGCCAAGACCGGUGCCCUCAGCAGCAAGAGUCAGAGCCCGACGCACUUCUCGUCCCUCCUCACGGCCCUGUUCGAGGCGAUCGCCCUCAUCAUCUCGCAGCACCAGCCCGUCGUCGAAAAGUACUACGGCGACGGCAAGAUGCUCUCGGUCGCCGGGUCGCUCAUGACCGAGACGGACAAGCUCGGCGUGCGCGUCCUCGCCAACUGGGAGGACGAGCGGCGCAUCCGGCGACGAGUCGCCGACGCGCACUCGCACCGCUUUGCGAGCGCGUCGUCCGAGGCGUACGCGCGCAAGCCGCUGCCGCCGAGGCCCGGCGGGAGCCCGAUGGUGCAGCAGCAGGGCGGGUUCGAGACGCCGGCGGCGGCGAGCGAGGGCGACCUCGACCCGAGGGAGGUCGACGCCAUCCUGACGGAGCUCACGAUGAUGAGCGGGCGGUGGGAGCUGUUGCGGCGGUUCCUGUACGGCUCACUCAAGGACGAGCCAGAAACGCCGCCGCCGGCCAUCGUCGGUCCGCCCUCCAACUCGGACGCGACCGCGACGCUCGACCCGCCAGCAGUACCGGCGGCGGCCAAGCUCUCGGACCCGCCGGCCGACGAGGCCGACCUCGCCGUCGUCGAGGACAGCGAGCUCGGCAAGGUCUUGACCAAGCAGCUGCGCGAGGCCUACAUGCCGCUCGAGGUCUGGUACCUGAGGACGGCGAUCGAGCGAGCGCACCAGAUGGACGAGGCCGACUUUUCCUCGACGCCGUACCUCUCUUCCUCGCUCGACGAUACGUUCUACAUCGUCAAGAAGACGCUCCACCGCAUCGUCAGCACGGCCAACGUCGCCAACCUCGUCGCCAUGUGCAAGGAGCUGCGCGUCGUUCUCGAGCGCGACGUCGCCGAGGUGUGGAAGGCGCGCAUCGAGGGCGCGUUCAAGGACCUCGCCGCCAACGCGCAGAGCCAGACGGCGCUUGGCGGCAUCGCCGUCACGGGCAUGGCGGCGCAGCUCGGCGGCAGGGCGAGGGAGGAGGAGCGAGAAACGCGCGAGCGCGAGGCGAGGAACGUCUACAUCGUCUACCUCAACGACCUCGACACGGCGGCGAGCUACACGUCGCGCCUCCUCGCCGAGCUCGCCUCGUCGGACGCCCUCGGCUCGGCCUUUUUUCUCUUCUCCGAGCUCGAGCGCGCCCGCACGGCGCUCACGCUCGUGCGCUCGUCCGAGGACAAGUUCCGCGGCGUGCUCAAGUCGGGCCUCGACCACCUGUUCAACCAGCUCGUGCGGCCAAAGCUGCGCCCGCUCCUGAGCGACGUGUACAAGGACGUCAGCUACAAGCUCGACGACGACGCGUACAACGAGGCCGAGUACCGCGACGACGUGCGCAAGCGCUUCGUCAAGGCGUGGGACGGCCUCCUGAGCGGGUACAAGGACUCGCUCACCGAGGGCAACUUCAACUUGUUCUUCUCGACGGCCGUCAACGUGCUCGUGCGGCCGUGGGAGAGCAUGGUCCGCGGUAUGAAGUUCACCGAGCUCGGUGCCCUGCGCCUCGACCGCGACAUCCGGACGAUCCUCUCGUACCUGUCGUCGCAGGCGUCGUUCGCGUCGGGCUCGCUGCGCGAGUCGUUCUCGCGGCUGCAGCAGAUCGCGACGCUGUUGACGCUCGACAGCCCGGAGGAGGCCGAAGAGGUGCUGAGCGCGAGCGGGAACCGGUUGACGAUGGGCGAGGUGAGGAGCAUCUGGGCGCUGCGGGUCUGA